AUGAAAUCUUUUCUUCAGAUGAGUCUUUGGUGUGAUAAAUAUCGUCCGAGAAAUUUUCAAGAACUUGAUUAUCAAUUAGAACAAGCCAAAUUAUUACAAACGAUUGUAGCUAAUGGUGAUUUUCCUCAUUUUCUAAUUUUUGGUCCUAAUGGUUCCGGUAAAAAAACUCGCAUAACAUGUUUACUUCACGCUUUAUAUGGUGAUGGUGUGCAAUCUUUACGUCUAGAAAAUCAUGAAUAUGAAACACCAUCUCGAAAAAAAAUUGAAAUAACAACGAUUGGUAGUAAUUAUCAUACACAAGUCAAUCCAAGUGAUGUUGGUAUUUAUGAUCGUGUUGUUAUUCAUGAAUUAAUUAAAACAAUUGCACAAACUAAACAAAUAAAUAGUAUAGAACAACGAUCAUUCAAAAUUAUUGUUAUUGUUGAAGUGGAUAAAUUAACACGAGAUGCUCAACAUAGUCUUCGUCGUACAAUGGAAAAAUAUGUUAGCUCAUGUCGUCUUAUACUUUGCUGUAAUUCAACAUCACGAGUUAUACCAGCGAUUCGUAGUCGAUGUUUAGGAAUAAGAAUGGCUGCACCGACAAUUGAUGAAAUAAGUAUAGUAUUAAAAAAAGUAGCAAAAUUGGAAGGAAUAGAAUUACCAAUUGAAUUAGCAAAUCGUAUUGGUGAAAAAAGUCAAAGAAAUCUUCGAAGAGCUUUACUUAUGCUUCAAACAUGUGCUACACAAAAAAUUCCUCUAACAAAAGAUCAACAAAUAAUUGAACCAGAUUGGGAAAUAUAUUUACGUGAUACAGCUCGAAUGAUUAGUGAACAACAGACACCUCAACGAAUUUUUGAAGUACGUGAACGGCUUUAUGAAUUAAUUACACAUUGUAUUCCAGCAGAAAUUAUUUUUAAAGGUUUACUUGAAGAACUAUUAACUAAUUGUGAUGAUGUAUUAAAAAUUCAAAUAACACAAACAGCUGCCGAAUAUGAACAUCGUCUUCGACAGGGCUCAAAAGAAAUUUUCCAUCUGGAAGCAUUCAUAGCUAAAUUUAUGUGUAUUUAUAAACAACAUAUUGAUAGCAAUAGCCACUAA